AUGGAUUUCAACCUGCUGGCAGACACAGAGGCUCGCAGCCCAGCCUUGUCUCUCUCAGACUCUGGAACUCCUCAACACGAGCACAGCUGCAAAGGGCAGGACCAUAGCGACACUGAGAAGUCCCAGCAAAACCAGACAGACGACUCCAACCCUGAAGACGGCUCUCUCAAAAAGAAGCAGCGGAGGCAGAGGACGCACUUCACCAGCCAGCAGCUCCAAGAGCUGGAAGCCACUUUCCAGAGAAACCGCUAUCCAGACAUGAGCACCAGGGAGGAGAUUGCAGUCUGGACCAACUUGACAGAGGCACGAGUCCGGGUCUGGUUCAAAAACCGCAGAGCUAAGUGGAGGAAACGAGAGAGGAACCAACAGGCUGAACUGUGCAAGAACAGCUUUGGAGCCCAGUUCAAUGGACUGAUGCAGCCUUAUGAUGACAUGUAUUCCAGCUAUUCCUACAACAACUGGGCCACCAAGGGGCUUGCCAGCAGUCCGCUCUCGGCCAAGAGCUUUCCAUUCUUCAACUCCAUGAACGUCAGUCCCCUCUCCUCCCAGCCCAUGUUCUCCCCACCCAGUUCCAUCACCUCAAUGACCAUGCCUUCAUCCAUGGUCCCUACUGCGGUGACCGGUGUACCAGCCCCUAGCCUCAACAACCUUGGAAACAUCAAUAAUCUGAACAGCCCGAGCCUCAACUCUGCUGUCUCAUCCAGUGCCUGCCCUUACGCCUCAACAGCCAGCCCCUACAUGUACAGGGACACGUGCAACUCCAGCCUGGCCAGCCUGCGGCUGAAGGCCAAGCAGCAUGCCAACUUCACCUACCCAGCGGUGCAGACAGCAGCUUCCAACCUGAGCCCUUGCCAGUACGCCGUAGACAGGCCCGUAUGA